AUGACAACAAAACAAACAAAUGCACCACCUGAGCUGUUUGAAAAAGAGAGAGUGGCCAGGACUGAGAACAACGUAGACGAUCUACAGGCAAUACAAUUUGUGAUACUACAAACAUCCAAGACUGAGGAUGAGCUAAUUACGAAUCUGAAAAUAUUGCAGAAUAAGAGGAAGCAGAACCACGUUUGUUUCAAGAAGCUGAUUGAGUACGCAGUAGGGACCAAUGAGACCGUUGGGUUUCUGGAGAAGAUGCUGAAUGAGGUGGUGGCUGGGAAGAUGUAUUUGGAAAGUGAAAGAGUUGCAAUUGUGGAGAAGCUUGAGAAGUUGCAUCUGAAACAGAAUAAUACCGUUGGAGCGUACGAAGUGCUAUCAUCUGUGCCAAUUGAGACAUUCACAAGCGUAGAUGAGCGCAAGAAGAAUGAGAUUCUUUUUGAGACAUUUCGUCUUGGAUUUAUGCUUAAGAAACACGUUGAAUGCGAAUUGACCCUGAGGAAAAUUAGGCAGGUGGAUUUAACAAAGGAAGAAAAAAUCAGGUUUCUAAAUUACAAAAUAUUCCUGUUAGUGGCACAGGGAACAUUUCUGGGCGUUGCUAGGAUGUAUAUGGAGCUGAUUGCAAUAGAAAGGAGUCAGAAGAACGUGGUAUUGGGUAGCUACUACGCCAUAAUUGCCAACUCAUUCUAUGAAUCGAGCUGUGGUAUCAAAGAAGAGAGAAACAGACUCAUUAAGGAGUAUGCUGAACACACCAUGAACAGUGAGCAGAUGCGAGUGGUCUUAGUUGAGUUCUGGAAGACCUCUAUUUUGAAUAAGGCCAUUUUGAAGGACAUUAAGGUUGUUGUUCAACAGUACGAAGCCAAAAUGGAAUUCAAUGAGGAAGCUCUGCUAAAUGCAUUGCAUGAGCACAACUUCAACGCAAUACAGACAUUCUUCACCAAAGCAACGCUGAAGGAGAUUGCAUUUCUGAUGCAAAUCAACGAGGACGAGGCCGUGGAAUUCAUAAGCAGGGCCGUGAACGAGAAGAUUGUGGCUGUUAAGAUUGACCAGGAGAAUGGGAUGGUGGAUCUGGGACCAAAGAGGUGGAACGACAAGGUCGAUGGUGUCUUAGACAGAAUCAUAGACGUCAACCACAUCAUUGAGAUGGAAACAAUGGAAUAG